AUGGAGGGGCCGGCUGAAAUGGAGAUGCUGAGGACACUGAAGGGGUCUUCCACAGGGGAAGUCAGCGUGCAUCUGGUGGCCAGUGACAGCCCAGGCUCUGGUCCUCACCUGCCCACAACGGCCUUCAUUAUUCCAGCCAGUUCGGCCACACUUGGCCUGCCCAGCAGUACCCCGGAUGUGUCCUGCUUUCCUCGGGAGUCAAUCCAUGUGGGUGCCCCAGAACGGGUGUCCACCAAUGAACCCGUCAUGGCCACCGUUUUGCCCCAGCUAACCACUGUGCCAGCGGGCAGCUCUAGUGCUACCACAGUGCGACUCUUGGAGUGGACAGAGACCGCAGCCCCGCCCCCUGGGAGCAGUGUGCGGUUCCGGAUAAGUGAAUACGCGGCCAUCAACAUGGUGGAAACGGAGCAGCCACCAAACCCCCAGCCGCGGCAAGAAGGCGUGGCCAAAUACGAAGAUGGCGGGCCUCCGGCCAGAGGUGGCGAUGCGGGCACCCAACAGCCCGAAACCCUCCCCCAGGACACUCCGGAAGAUCCCUUGCAGGACACCGCAGAUGGCUCCUGUCCGUGCCAGGCCUGUGGGCCUCAGCACCGUGCCGGUCCAAAUCCCGGUUCCAGCAACAAUGGCUGCCCUCCGCUGUUCCAGGAGCGGUCAGUCAUAGUGGAAAACUCCUCAAGCUGCGCCAGCGCUGAGCUCUUCAAGCCCAUGAAGAAGAGGAAGCGCAGGGAAUACCAGAGCCCAUCGGAGGAGUCGGAGCCAGAGGCCAUGGAGAAGCAAGAAGAAAAGGAUCCUGAAGGAAGACCCACCACUAGCACCCCAGAGAGUGAGAAAUGGAGCAGCAGCCAGCCUGGAGUGGCGGCCUCAUCAGGUGAGAAGAAGGAAGAGUGGACGUGGGACUCCUACCUAGAGGAACAGAAGGCUGUCACUGCCCCAGUCAGCCUCUUCCAAGACUCCCAGACAGUCCCUCCUAACAAGAAUGGCUUCAAAAUGGGCAUGAAGCUGGAAGGCAUUGACCCUCAACACCCGUCCAUGUACUUCAUCCUCACUGUGGCCGAGGUGUGUGGCUACCGCCUACGGCUGCACUUUGAUGGGUACUCUGAGUGCCAUGACUUCUGGGUCAAUGCCAAUUCCCCUGACAUUCACCCUGCUGGCUGGUUUGAGAAGACAGGGCACAAGCUGCAGCCUCCCAAAGGUUACAAGGAGGAGGAGUUCAGCUGGAGCCAGUACCUGCGCAGCACCAGAGCUCAGGCUGCCCCCAAGCACCUGUUUGUGAGCCAGAGCCACAGUCCCCCACCCCUGGGCUUCCAGGUGGGCAUGAAGCUGGAGGCUGUCGACCGUAUGAACCCAUCUCUCGUCUGCGUGGCCAGCGUGACCGACGUGGUGGAUAGCCGCUUCCUGGUGCACUUUGACAACUGGGACGAUACUUAUGACUACUGGUGUGAUCCCAGCAGCCCCUACAUCCAUCCAGUGGGCUGGUGCCAGAAGCAAGGAAAGCCCCUCACCCCUCCACAAGAUUACCCAGACCCUGACAGCUUCUGCUGGGAGAAAUACCUAGAGGAAACUGGGACUUCCGCUGUGCCUGCGUGGGCAUUCAAGGUGCGACCACCUCACAGCUUCCUGGUCAACAUGAAGCUGGAGGCCGUGGACCGCAGGAACCCAGCCCUGAUUCGUGUGGCCAGCGUGGAGGAUGUGGAGGACCAUCGGAUAAAGCUCCACUUUGACGGUUGGAGUCACGGCUAUGACUUCUGGAUCGAUGCUGACCACCCAGAUAUCCACCCCGCGGGCUGGUGCUCCCAGACGGGACAUCCUCUGCAGCCCCCACUCCGGCCCAGAGAGCCCAGCUCCGCCUCCCCUGGGGGCUGCCCCCCUCUCAGCUAUAGGAGUCCGCCUCACACCAGGACCUCCAAAUACAGCUUUCACCACCGAAAGUGCCCCACUCCUGGGUGUGAUGGCUCAGGCCAUGUCACAGGCAAGUUCACGGCUCACCAUUGCCUCUCGGGCUGCCCACUGGCAGAGAGGAACCAGAGCCGACUGAAGGCAGAGCUAUCAGACACGGAGGCCUCGGCCCGCAAGCGCAGCCUCUCCAGCUUGUCCCCGAGGAAGAAGCCUCGCCACCCCGGUGGCCGGAUCGGACGCCCUCCAAAGUUUCAGAAGAUUCCACAAGAGGAUUUCCAGUCACUCACUCCAGAUGCAGUACACCAGUCCCUCUUCAUGUCGGCCCUAUCAGCCCACCCGGACCGCUCACUGUCCAUGUGCUGGGAGCAGCACUGCAAGCUCCUGCCGGGAGUGGCGGGCAUCUCGGCCUCGACCGUCGCCAAGUGGACCAUCGAGGAGGUCUUCGGCUUCGUUCAGACCCUAACAGGCUGUGAGGACCAAGCACGCCUCUUUAAAGAUGAGAUGAUUGACGGCGAGGCCUUCCUUUUGCUGACACAGGCGGACAUUGUGAAGAUCAUGAGCGUCAAGCUGGGCCCAGCCUUGAAGAUCUAUAACGCCAUUCUCAUGUUCAAAAACGCCGAUGACACCUUAAAGUGACUGGCCCAGGGCCGGGGCCUCUUGCAGCUUUCGCUGGGCCUCCAGCUCCAGCUGAUGCUUCUGUCCCCACUUGCAUUCCUCCUGUCUCCAUCUGUGCCCAUUCUCUCUGUCUGACAAGGGCUAUUCCCUCCUAGAAAAUGCAUGGAGCCUAGGGGCUCUGGGGAAAGUGGAGUCCCAAAGCUCAUUAGCCACCAGGCACAGUAGGCGGGAUGUGACUGGGCUGGGGGCGUCACUGAUGGGGCAGGUUGGACGGCCCUGGCCUAGACAAUCUCCCCUCCCCAGCCAACUUAUCUGGUCGCCAAAGCGACUUUUUCUCAGUAGUACAGAAGAGUGAGGAGCGACAGAAGUCUAAUUUGAGGUCCUUGUCCCCACGUGACAUCCCCAGACUGCCGUUCUACACUCCCUUCCUGCCACCAGCACAUUGGCUCUUGAAGGCAGCAUCUUCCCUAGGGCCCCCAACCCUUUCUGCUGGCUUUGCUACCCUCGUUUGGCCUGCUUUCCUGGGCAGGGUCCCCAUCCAAGGCCUAGGCAGCCCCACUGGCCUUCCCCGUUAGGUGUGUGGGCCUCAGAAAGUUGUCCUGGGAUCCACUGGGAAUCUGCGACUACCUUCCUCUCCUUUAGCUUGGAAGUGGAGGACACUAGGGCCUAUAUGCCUUCUUGAAUGUGUCCCAUUCUGACCCACUUGGCAUCAUGGUGGCCCAUUCCUUGUUCCUUCAUAGGGAAGGCAAUGAGCACUGGGGUGCGGCCAGCAGAAGCGAAGUCUCCACUGACGUUCUCCACACGACCAUCUGUGUUGGGCCUGGUAGUAUCCCUGGUAGGAGGCCAGCCAAAGGGUCUGUUAGUCCAUCCCAGGUCUCUUCCCAGAGGGGCAGCUUGGUGGAUAUAUGAGCACCUUAGGCUUGGCACGGCACCAAGCAGAUGUCAGCCAAAGUUUUACUCAUGGGGUGAAGGCCGUGAGCCAUCAGGGCCUCUUUGCCAUGAGAAUGUAGCACCAUGUCUGGCACACUCCUCCCCUGUGACGUCACCUUCCACCUGCUCCUUACAUCUUUGUUAAACACUUAACUCUCAAGGAGUGUUACAAAGGCCAGUUAAGGUUCUGGCUGAGAAGGUGGACUCUGAUCUUUGAACUUUCCAGGUCCCCGAAGCCCUCCCACUCCAUAAGUCUUGCACUGCCACCUGGAGCCCUGUGGGGCAUCUGGGAUUUCCGCUCCCUGUUUGAAUGGGGACCUAGCCUCCUCCCAGCCACUGCCAAACUGCCUCCUCUGGAGGGCCAGAGGCCCUGCAGGAGCCAAGCUUCCCUGCCCCCAGGUGCUGAGAGGAACCUGCAGGGUGUGGGGCAGGGGCCUUCCCCAAGGCCCUUUUCUCUCAGUGGUGUGUGUGUGCGUGUGCACUGUGUGUACGUGUAUGUGUGUGUAGGGCACUCUCAGCAGUGUUUGAUAGGGUGCUCAGCGUUGUGAAACGUCAAGGGCUAUUGUUGUUCAAGUACAAAGCUUUAUUUUUUUUUUCCCCUUAGAAGCGGGACACCCAGUGCUCUGCUGCUUUCCUGCCACGGCCCCAGGCAAAGGCCUACCCCUGUCCCCUGGGUGAGGACAGCCGUGCAGCUCC